AGGCCCCUGCCGUGUGAACUCUUCUUAGACUAGGUGGGUGACUUACCAAAUGUGUUACUGUGUUUCAGAUCUGAAGGCGGAAGUGAAGCCACUGCGAGGGAGAGAAGGGCAGACUGUCACGCUACACACGGGACUUGCCAAACUACAGAGUGACGCAAAGAUAUUUGGGCUAUUUGGGCCAGUCCGCCCAGAGAUAUUCAUUGUUGAGAGUCAGGCCUUCAGAGGAGAAAUUAUAACUGAGUACAAAGGAAGAUUCCAAGGCAGACUACAGCUGGACAGAGAGACUGGAUCUCUCACCGUCAGAAACCUCACCAUCAACGACACUGGACUUUAUCAGCUUCAAAUCAUCAGUGAACAGGUCACCUACCACAAUUUCAUUUUCACAGUCUACGCUUCAGUGCCUACUCCUAACAUCAGAAACACCCCACAUAAUCCCUCAGUCGACAGUCGGUUGGUCAGUGGGAGCUGUUCUGUGGUGUGUUCUGUGGGGAACGGGAAAGAGGUAACCUUGUCCUGGUACAGAGGAGAGGAGAAACUGAACAAUACAAGUAGUCCCCAUCAGGCCGACCUGUCUCUCCCUCUGGAAAUUAAAGGAAAAAACAGUGCCACCUACAGCUGUAUAGCAACCAACCCGGUCAGUAACCAGACAACCAUACUUAGCAUUGAGGAGCACUGUCUGCAACAUGCAGACUCCAGUGACUGUGCCCGGUGCAUCACCCCGACUGAGUUGGUGGUGCGAUCAGUCCUGUCUGCCCUGGUGGCUGUGGCCACGAUCGCUCUGCUGGUCCAUCACUUCUGGCGGCACAGAAGAAGCCCUUAGACUCAGACCUGACUCUCUGGGGUAUCACUAUUUAAAAAACUGUCCAUAGUUUUGCAUGGACUUGAACAGUGUGAUGAUAUUGUCAUUUACAUGACGUAACAAAUGUCAUGACAUAAUGAGAAGAAAAAACAAGCACCCUUACCUUUCAUGAACUAACACUUGUACUUGUAUUUUCUUACUAGUACUGACUUUGCUGAUAGCUACAUGAGGAAAAUGUUUUGAUUACUAUGACUAUGAUAUGUCUCUUUUAGCUACCUUAAGAUAAACGCACAAACUGUAAGUCACUCUGGAUAAGAGCGUCUGCCGAAAUUACUCAAAUGUGUUUGGAAAAGUAACUAUGUACUGGAAACAGUUUUAUAACAGAAGUUGUUUUCACUUGCCCACUAAUGUCAAUUGCUAUAGCAAAAGCAUAAGGAUACCUGUCAAGAAUACACAACUUUGUCAUAACCAUGAAAAGUAUCAUGGUGUUUGUUGGUGGACUAUUUUGUUUUGUUUUAGGAAAGUGGACAUUGCUCUCCUUGUCAUAAUGCUAUCACAGUGUCAUUGGUGCUUUCAUCCAUGGAGAUCACACGUCAGACACAUAACAGCACUUUAACAGUGGCCUGUUAAAAUAUAGUUAUUCUAAGUCUUUUCAGCGGGAAUUAAUCUUGUCAGGUACUAACAAGGACAUUGAAUCAACAGUUUGUUGUAUAUUCAAAUAUGUUUAAAAAAAAAACAUGAUAUUACAUAUAAAUUAUUAAAAUAACAA